UCUGCCCUCCCCAUCCCCUCCUACUCCCGCUCGGCCCGGCCCGGCCCGGCCCCGCUCGGCGCUGUGAUUGGGCGGAAGAUGGCGCUGGGCGGAUGGAAAUCCUAAUGACAGUCUCCAAAAUCGCCUCCAUCUGUACCAUGGGCGCCAAUGCCUCAGCUUUGGAGAAAGAGAUUGGUCCAGAACAAUUUCCAGUCAAUGAACACUAUUUUGGUUUAGUUAAUUUUGGGAAUACAUGCUACUGCAAUUCAGUUCUUCAGGCACUUUAUUUUUGUCGUCCAUUUCGAGACAAAGUCUUAGCAUACAAGAGUCAACCAAGAAAAAAAGAGAAUCUCCUUACAUGCUUAGCUGACCUCUUCCACAGUAUAGCCACCCAGAAGAAAAAAGUUGGAGUUAUACCUCCCAAGAAAUUUAUAACAAGAUUACGAAAAGAAAAUGAACUUUUUGAUAAUUACAUGCAGCAGGAUGCACACGAGUUCUUAAACUACCUAUUAAAUACAAUUGCGGAUAUCUUGCAAGAGGAAAGAAAACAAGAGAAGCAAAAUGGUCGCUUGCCCAAUGGCAAUAUUGAUAAUGAAAAUAACAGCCCACCAGACCCAACGUGGGUUCAUGAAAUCUUUCAGGGAACGUUAACAAAUGAAACCAGAUGUCUUACAUGUGAAACUAUAAGCAGCAAAGAUGAAGACUUCUUAGAUCUUUCUGUUGAUGUAGAACAAAAUACUUCAAUUACUCAUUGCUUAAGGGGUUUCAGCAAUACAGAAACUCUGUGCAGUGAAUACAAGUAUUACUGUGAAGAAUGCCGCAGUAAGCAAGAAGCACAUAAAAGGAUGAAAGUAAAAAAACUGCCUAUGAUUCUAGCUCUCCAUUUGAAGAGAUUUAAAUAUAUGGAUCAGCUGCAUAGAUACACAAAACUCUCUUACAGAGUAGUUUUUCCUUUAGAGCUUCGUUUAUUUAACACCUCAGGAGACGCCACCAAUCCUGACAGAAUGUAUGACCUCGUUGCUGUGGUAGUUCAUUGUGGAAGUGGCCCUAACAGAGGACAUUAUAUUGCAAUAGUGAAGAGUCAUGAUUUUUGGUUGCUUUUUGAUGAUGAUAUUGUUGAGAAAAUUGAUGCACAAGCUAUUGAAGAAUUCUACGGGUUGACAUCAGACAUCUCAAAGAACUCUGAGUCUGGUUACAUCCUCUUCUAUCAGUCUCGGGAUUGAGGGGGAGUUAUAGUGAAGAGAGAUUGUUACGCCUCGCAUCUUCUCUAUCUUGGAUUGGAGCAAGCACUGAAAGAAAGGAAGCUGGAAGCUCCAGGGGCAGUAGCACAGUUUGCACACGACUAAGCAAAGAACUUGGAAUUUUUAAGACCUUUGUAUCAUUUUCAUUUUAUUUGCUCAGGUAUCAUGCUGACUGCACAUCUCCACUGCAUCUCAUAAGCAAAAAGAGAUACCAGCCACUCUUGCAGGAGCUUUCUGUUAGGAAAUACUGUCUCCGUGGUCCUAAUUCAAAGCCUAUUAAGGUCACUGGAGAACCUUUCAUGGAAUUCAGUGGAAUUUGAAUCAGAUUCUAGCAGCACUGCCAGAUUGGUGCAAUAGGAGCAUUACAGAUCUCUAUUUUAUACAGACUUCACAUGUAAGAGCUUUCUGUGGGAAAAGGGCUAACGGGUGAGGCAGUUGAUUAAUGCUGCACAUUAAAGGAUGAAGUCCUUUGCAUACUAAAGGUACAGUAUUGUAGAAGAACUAAAGAACUGUCGUGUUUCUUUUUUACUAAUUGAUAAAUGUUUGGUCCUUCUUUUCUUUUUUCGUGGUGUAGCUCAAAGCUGGGGCUAGUUGCUGAAUACUUUAUACCCUAACAAAAUGUAAAACGCUUGCGUUUUAUUCACUGGUUUUACUUCUGCAACUUAUUUUUGUAAGACACUGACUUUUAUUUUGCGUGGGGUUUUUGAGAUAGUAUUCCAAAUUAUAUAUUUCACUUCGGGUUUUUUUUUU